ACUCCGCCCAGUCGCUCUAAUCUUGCUUGCUAAUUGGGCGCUGAGCUGUCCAUCUAACUUCCCUCGUACGGUACAGCACAGGCAUUGGCUGAGUCGCUUUCUCACGUAGGCGGACGCCUGGACGCACAGCCGCAGGAGUGGAUCCGGAUCCCAGGAAGGAAAAUGGCGUACACCCAGGGAACAAAGAAGAAAGUGUGCUACUACUAUGAUGGGGAUGUUGGCAACUAUUACUAUGGGCAAGGACAUCCCAUGAAGCCACACAGAAUCCGUAUGACUCACAAUCUACUUCUUAAUUAUGGGCUGUACCGCAAGAUGGAAAUCUAUAGACCUCACAAAGCUAAUGCAGAAGAGAUGACUAAAUAUCACAGUGAUGAUUACAUCAAAUUUCUACGCUCCAUCCGGCCAGACAACAUGUCAGAAUACAGCAAGCAGAUGCAAAGGUUUAAUGUUGGAGAAGACUGUCCUGUGUUUGAUGGGCUCUUUGAGUUUUGCCAGUUGUCAACCGGGGGAUCUGUAGCUAGCUCAGUUAAGCUAAACAAGCAGCAAACGGACAUCGCUGUAAACUGGGCAGGGGGACUUCAUCACGCCAAGAAAUCUGAGGCCUCUGGGUUUUGUUACGUCAAUGACAUUGUGCUUGCCAUUCUGGAACUCUUAAAGUAUCACCAGCGAGUACUGUAUAUUGAUAUUGACAUUCACCAUGGUGAUGGAGUGGAGGAGGCCUUCUAUACUACCGACAGAGUUAUGACUGUUUCUUUUCACAAGUAUGGAGAAUAUUUUCCAGGCACUGGGGACUUGAGGGACAUUGGAGCUGGAAAGGGUAAAUAUUAUGCAGUAAACUACCCUCUGCGCGAUGGUAUUGAUGAUGAGUCCUACGAAGCCAUUUUUAAACCAGUUAUGACAAAGGUUAUGGAGAUGUACCAGCCAAGUGCAGUGGUCCUGCAGUGUGGUGCAGACUCCCUCUCUGGGGACAGACUUGGAUGCUUUAAUCUGACUAUUAAAGGACAUGCCAAGUGUGUGGAAUUUAUAAAGACUUUCAACCUUCCAAUGUUGAUGCUUGGUGGUGGUGGCUACACAAUCAGAAAUGUGGCUCGCUGUUGGACAUAUGAAACCGCUGUGGCACUGGACACUGAGAUCCCCAACGAACUUCCAUACAAUGAUUACUUUGAAUACUUUGGUCCUGACUUCAAACUCCACAUCAGUCCUUCUAACAUGACCAACCAGAACACAAAUGAAUACCUAGAGAAGAUCAAGCAGCGGCUGUUUGAGAAUUUGCGUAUGCUCCCACAUGCGCCUGGAGUCCAGAUGCAGGACAACCCUGAUCACUCUGUGCAUGAUGAUAGUGGUGAUGAAGAUGAGGAUGAUCCAGACAAACGCAUUUCCAUUCGGUCUUCAGAUAAGAGGAUUGCUUGUGAUGAGGAAUUCUCGGACUCUGAGGAUGAAGGUGAAGGGGGGCGCAGGAAUGUUGCCAAUUUCAAAAAAGCAAAACGUGCCAAAACAGAGGAAGAGAAAGAUGGAGAAGAGAAGAAAGACAUCAAAGAAGAGGAGAAACUAAAAGAUGAGAAGACGGAGGCUAAACGGAUAAAAGAGGAGACCAAAACAGCCUGAUCCUCUGACUGGUGCGGGACAUCAUCCCAAGACCAAGUGUUCCUCGUGGUCUUUUUUUAUAUUUGCCUUGUAUAGUGACCCCUAUAUAAAAUAUAAAGACCUACAUGGGCUAAGUUAUUUCUAUCCCACUGAUUGCGAAGGGAAGGUUAAUCCAGAAAAAAAGUAGUCUUCCCUUCUUGCUUGUUUAUAUAAUUUGUUUUUAGGCAUUAAAUCUUGUGUCCCCUCUACAUUGGGUGGUGACUUGAUUUAUCUCCAGCUCCUUGUCUUCAUACAAGAUGCCCAUUUCAGCUACUUUCCUUUCUUAAAUGAAUGAACACUGGUACAGUAUAUUUUGUCUACAACUAACUGUCCUGAUUCUGCUGGGGUCCACUCUAAUGGAUGAUACUGUAAUGAGACUGCUCUUUUUAUGCCUUGAGGGAGUCCUGCACAUCCUGCUCCGGAUCCAUGUGGUAAGAGGGUGGAAGAAAUCAGUACUCGUCCAGUUGAGGCUAAUCCAUAUCUUCACGGGAUAGGAGUGUUCAGGUCCCCCUUACCCCACACUCUUCAGGGAUUCCCUGUUUGGGUUAUGCUGCUAAAUCCUCCCUCCCUUUUUAUGUUAUGAAGCAGACAUUUGGAAAAGACGGGGAACCCUGGGUAGAAGUCGCAUGUUACCUCAAGGGAGUUGCUAUUUGGGUUUCUACAUUUAAUCUUACUAUGGCAGUUGAGGGGAGGAGAUACAUAGGGUUUAUAUGUCCUUUUUAUGUGACUGGGUUUUUGGGGGGAUUUUUUUAUGGUUAAAUUGUGAAGAAACUUUGUAAUAAAACAUUCUACCACAGACUGA